GGCGGAGUUAGACAAUUUCAUAUUUCCAUUUCCCGCCGUGCUCUGCUCUCCGGUAAGUUACGGUAUAUUCCCAGUGCUGGGGCUGGCCUUACCAACUCCCCCCCCCGGACCCUGCUACCGGGCGGUAUAUAGGGACUGCCGGGACAGUCUGUACAAACCCUGUGACUGAGGCCAAAACAGACUCUCAGCUGCUAUAGCACUACAACUCCCAUGGUGCUUUGCCAGAUACCCGGCUGCUGUAGCCCAUAGCGGGUUUAUAUACAGGCGGCUGCGAGUACGGAGAGCUUAGCACCGCCAUAUAAUCUGUGUAAUGCAAUGCUUUAUCGGGGGACAUUGUAUUCGCCUUCGGGUUUUAUCGCAGCUACGUAAAUACCUCCCAGUGCUGAGAGACCCGUGUGGGGGGGGGCUGGCAGGGGCUGUUAGGAAGGGAUGAAGAUACAGUGAGGGAAUAUUGACCUGUCUUGUCUGGAAGUCACUAGUCCAUUUCGGUAAUAAACAAAACCUUUUCUCGGUGGCCUGAUUGGUAAAGACCUCCUUUGAUAAAGAGAGCUGUGGGGUACUUAUUCCUAUUGUGAGUGUGACUUCAUGGCCGCCUAAAAACAAUAGCUGGUGUACUGCUUUCUGGAGCUCCCAGACCACAUAUUAAACGGGGGGUGUAAUAACUCGGUGCCUGGCUAUCGGUACUGCAUGUAUCCUUUGAUCCAAACCUCUAGUUCAGGCUUCCCCAAACUCCGGCUCUCCAGAUGUUGGUGAACUACAACUCCCAUGAUUCUCAGCCUAUAUAUUUCAUUCAUAGAGUCAUGGGAGUUGUAGUUCACCAACAUCUGGAGAGCCGGAGUUUGGGGAAGCCUGCUCUAGUUAGUACAUCCAUCCCUCCAAUGAAUGAGAGACCUAUAUGUGUGGGCUUGCAGGUGAUGCUAGGAAAGGGGUGGGUCCCAAUAAGAGGAUGUCUCAGAUUGGUUUGCAUGUUUUGCAGCUGUGUUUAUUAGCCUUUCUCAGGAUAAUCUAUGUGCAAAGUGCUGUUGAAGUGCCUUGGUGUAAGAUAAAUGCAGUAUGUCCUGUGUUAGUGUAUCCAAUGUUGUGAUACACUUUUUAGGGAUGUAUUUCUCUGGUUUUCACAGAAGUAAAACGGAGGACCAACCUGGAAUGGAGUGGACAGAAACUCAUAUUUGCAAUUGUUCUGCUAAAUCUUGGGCUGCUGGGAGAUAUGAUUGCACUUUACAAACUUGGCUGAUAAUCAUAAGAAUGAGAGUAAGAGGAAUAUAUGAUUAAAAAAAUAUAAUACAAUUAGAAUGCAGAAUGCUGCCUGUGGGCUUUGAUCCAGCACCUGUGACACUUCAUGUAAUAGUCUAUGAAAGAUUAACCAUGCGUGUACAAGCUACAUUAAUAGCUACACUAUAGGCACCCAGACCACUUCAGCUUAAUGAGGUGGUCUGGGUACCUGGUCCAGCUAGGAUUAACCCUUUUUUUUUUUUAUAAACAUAGUUUCAGAGAAACUGCUAUGUUUAUAAAUGGGUUAAUCCAGCUUCUAGUGGCUGUCUCAUUGACAGCCGCUAGAGGCGCUUCUCACUGUGAUUUUCACAGUGAGAAGACGCAAGCGUCCAUAGGAAAGCAUUUUGAAUGCUUUCCUAUGGACUGGCUGAAUGUGUGCGCGGCUCCUGCUGCGCAUGCGCAUUCAGGAGGAGGAGGAGAGCUCCCCGCCCGGCUCUGGAGAAAGAGGUAAGUUUAACCCCUUCCUCUCCAUCCAGCCCGGCUAUAUAAAGAAUAAAUAAUGGUUCCUAAGCAAACUUGGUCAAGUGAUAAAUGUGAUGGUAAGAGCUCCAGAAAUAAUAUUUCUUUUGAAAAGAAGUUGUAAGUGAUAAGUGUAAUAGAUGGCUAAAAGCCAUAAAUGUAUCAAUAAAACAUUAGGCCAGGGACUUCUUUUAAUCCCGGCCAUGCAUCAACAACUUCUUGUACGGCAUAUUAGUCUUGUACAUCCAUAUAUACAAUACAUUUUAUUAUAAUUAUGAUAGUAGUGGCCAAAAUUGUGGAAACCUUUUUCAGAAACCUAUUUUCUGAGGUUUAGUGGCUCAUAACAUGUCUGUGUUUUUUUUUUUUGUUUUUUUUUUUUAAAUAUGUAUACCUAAUGCUAUAGUGCAGGCAUAGGCAACCUUCGGCACUCCAGAUGUUUUGGACUACACUUUGCCAGCAUUAUGGGGGAUGUAGUAAACAACAUCUGGAGUGCCGAACGUUGCCUAUCCCUGCUAUAGGUUGUUAGUAACCCUUAAGGUGACUGGUCUAGUGCCACCAUGGUUAAAAAUAAAAAGAUAUUUACAUUUUCUCCAAACAGCGUGAAGCUCUGCUUCUUUGGCUGAGAUCCUCAGUGUUGAUUAUUUAUGCAAAUUCAUUGCUUUAGGAAAGCAUUGGGAGGCUAGUCCACAUGCCUGGCAAAACACUACCCCCCUGACUGAAAUAGCAGAGUUUUAUUCUUUCAUCAAAGUUCCUUUAGUGGCUGUCAUUUUGACACUCACUACUGAAUGAUUCCCGUUAUUAGCUCUCAUACUAACAUCUUAUGUGUUCCAUGCUCUGUUAUAACAAUACCUGAUUGAACCUUAAAACAAUCAGUGUCAUUGGUCAGUAAGGCUGUGUCCUUUGUUCUGGCUGCUUAGCUAUAACUUUUGAUAGAAUAAAGAUUAUUCAACACAUUUGUUGCAUUACAUUCUACAUGGAAUUAUUAUUCUAGUAAUGUGUUUUUUUUGUACCAACUCCUUAGCUCUGUUUGCAAUAAUCUGCCCUUGUGCUUCCAGACCUAUUAUGCACAGAGCAUAUAUCUCUGACUGGUAUCAAGAUGCAAACUCUUCUGUUCCUCAAAACCGUGAGGGUGAUUAUAAAUAUCACACCAACAUGGAUAACAAUGUGGGGUGAGAAUUUGAAAUAGUCACCUAACACUUAGUUUUUAUUGGCAUUUUGUGAAACUAGGAGAAUAAGGUAGAACUGUUUUGCUGUCAUUAUGCCAAGAAUUUGUUGCACUUGUUUUAAAUAUAUUUGAAUUGGUUAUUAAUAUAAUUCUAUUCAAAAAAAUUUUUUAAAUGUGUGUUUAGGAGUUUGGUGUGUUUUAUAGCCGGUGGAUCAAUCAAUGUUGCUGCAGCGUUGGAGAGUAGAUGCGAACUGGAAAUGGAGGCACAAGAAGGUAGACCCAGACAACAAAGAAGAACACUAGGAAGACAAGACCUUGGCAUUGAGCACUUAAAAGAGGCCAUUAAGUACUUUAAAAGUGGUAUGUCUAUGUAACCCAUAAUGUGAUUUUGGAUCUAUAUCUCUCAAAAGUGAUCUAUUCAUAUUUAUUAUUUUUAGUUGACAGGAGUGUCUCCUCGAAGGACAGCACACUUUCUAAGCACCUUUCUGCAGUAGAAGUUCUUGGCCUGCAGUAUGGAAUUUCACCAGAUGGCAUCGAAAUUUUGCUUGAUAUUGCUCUAAGUGGCAAGCUUGGUAAAAAUAAUUUUGUAAAUUAUGUUUGCUUGAGUAAUAUCUUAUGAAAUGUCUCAUCCUCUAGUGUGGCUAAGUGAAAAGUUUCUUAACUAUGGUGAUAGGUCUGUGUUUUUUCUUCUUAUUUUCCCCCACUUGGGAAAUAGGAAGAGUUGUGACCACUACAUGCUAUUGUGGUUGGUAUGGUGCUAUUGGGAUGCUGACACUGUCCCUGGUUUUCGUGAAACUGUUUUCAAGUGAUUUUACCAAAACAAAGUGGCUGCAAAGUAUCCAUGGCCCAGCUUCCUGCUUGCCUAUUUGUUGGUUGGUCCGGUUUGUGUCACUUAAAUUUGAAUUCAGUUGAUAUUAUUUAAAUAUUUAAUUCUUACCCUCAACCGACAACCUGUGGUUCCCAGCUAAGUCUUCAAAGCACACAAACAUUGCAAGAGUUAGGCAUUUGCCAGUUUCUGGUCCAGUGUGGAUACAGACAAGACCUGGACCAUCAUUUGCCUUGGUGACUGGAAACUCCUGCACUAGUUUAAUGUACUUUUUAUUCUGUAAAAUUUUCAAAAUUAUGAUUUACUGUGUACUAUCUUGCUUGUUCAGCAAAGGUUGCUUAAACAAUUGUAAAUGUUGUUUUUAUUUAUUUUUAUAUAUAAAAAUAACAAAUUUUUUGAGACUUUUUGUCACUAUAAGCUUGGAAAAUGGUGGACUCCUAGUUAGAAAGUAAAAAUAAUUUCCAAUAUAAUUCCUUGUUUGCAUGCUAUAAAGAUCAUUUUAUUAACUUUCUACAGCUGAGACAGUCAAUACACGACUGCUGAAGAGUCUGCUUCCUGCUAGUGAAGUCCUAACAAGUAGUAUUGUUAAGGGUGUAUCCCUGCUGUGUGUUGGGAAAUGUUCAUCCAAUAUUCAGGUAACCUUUAACAUGCUUCUGAGUUAUUUAUCCUUUAUUCUGUUAAGACUAUUUUUUUUAAAAAUUCUUGUUAAUUCUUUAAUUCAAUGAUUAAAAAAAAAUGUCCUCAAUGGGCCAAUAUUUAGUAAUGUUCCUAAUUUCCGCCAAUAGGGAUAUUAGGAGGUACUUUUAAAAUACAUUUGUUAAAGGGUCAGUCUGGGCAUCAUAACUACUACAACAAUUGGUUUUAUUAGACUGCAAACAGUUUUCAAGCAAUUUAAACAGAUCCUGUGUUCCCAAAGGCACCAACAGCCUGGACUUAUGAAUUGAUAUACAUUUCACUUUAAUCCAUAUUUUAAAGCCAUUCAUUUGCUGGGUACCUCAGCUGACCUGCUUGGCCAAUGAAUGGCUGUGAAAUAUGGAUGAAAUUCCUGAUGUGGAAUCAUAACAUUCAAAUUAGCAGAAUGACAAGUAGGGGGGCAUGCAGUGGAUACCUCAGGUACCCCCAGUUCCGGUCAAACAAUUGGACCAGGAACCAGAGGACAGACCUCUACAUUGGCAUUUACUGGUUAUGAAGCUUAGACUGCCCCUACCUUUACAAUUUCCCUAGCAUCUAUGUUGAUUUUAAUGUAUAAACAUCUGUAGCAAUCAUUUAUUGUGUUGAUCAUCAGUAAAGACAAUUUUAUUUUGUGGAUGAUUCUUCAAAUGUCUACUUAUAGAAAUAAAUUUCCCUUGUAGUGUAUAGGUACAUGUGUAUAUUUCCAUUAUAAUCUUGGUAUGUGUCUUGUUAUAGGUCUUGUUCAUUCGUUGGCUUAUUACAGUGUUUGAUCUUAUUCCAUGUAAGGAUGUGCUUUCUUCCCUCUACAAUUUUUUCUUUUUCUUUCUACAAGACGACAAGUUGGUAAGUUCUUAAUUGUUUAUCUUGCAACUGAUCACACAGUCAUGUAACCGUUCAAUAGAUGUUUGUUUAUAUUUUGUAUUAAACUUAGUCCAGACCCAUGUCUUGGAAUCUUUAGUAUGCAGUAAUUUUAAAUUUUAGGACAUUUGCAAAACUCUUGAAAAUGAGGCUAAUCUCAUUUAUUCCUGGUAAGACAAGUUAAAAUUAAGCUAAUCUCUUUGACUGUCCAAAAAAUUAAACUGUUAUAUGGCAAUAAAGGGUUUUCCAUGAUCCAAUAAACGCUUCUCAUAGAAAAGAGUUUGAUUGGACUGUUGUACCGAAUCAGGGCACAUGCGCGCACUGUGAGCCAGGAGGUAGUGAGGUGUUCUUUGCUUAAUUUGUGCACAGAGUGAGGGAAGUACAUGGAUUCUCCUUGCAGGUGUAUUCCUAUUACCAUGACCACUUCUAAAAGCAGAAGUUGACAUGGUCGUUUGAGUAACCCUUUAAAUUUUAUAUACCGGUAUAUCAUUUUAAUAAGCAUAUAAAUUGGAAGCAAAUAAGCUUAACAAUUCUGGAGUUGUAGUGACUUCACUGAAACUGUACCUUUUUGUAACUUUUUUACAGACACUUAUUUCAAAUUUUUUUAUUUUUUUCCUAGUGUCCCUUUCUUUGUCACCUGUUGUAUCUUCUCACUAGAAAGGAUCAUGGUAAGUAUGCUUAGAUGUUUGUUUUAUUCUGCUUCUGGGUUGUUUGGUCAGACUACCUUCUGUCUUUGCUUAACAGUUUAUGUGCUGGAGUUUCAGUGUUUUGUUAGCAUAAUAUACUUUUGAUAAAGGGAACUUAAGCAAAUAGUUUGCCUAUGUUUCUUAAAAUUAUUGUAUUGCAAUACAUUUUAUUCAAUUUUAUCAAAUAAGAAGUGUUGUAUAAAGUGUUUUCUUUUGCUACAGAUUUUUUUUACAGAACAAUAAGCAUCUAAAAGAAAACGAACCUUUUUUGAUAUAGUUUUCUAUCAAAGUCAUUGUGCUUUUACUACAAGGUCUUUUAAUUUUCAUGAAAAGCCAAAGUGGUAUUUUCACAGGGGAUACAAGAUGAAAUGCUUUUAUGUGGGAUCUAAAACAUGAAUAAGUGAUAUUUGCUUCCUUUUCAAUACAUAUCACUUGUUGUGUGAAGUAAAUUCUUGUUUAGUAGACAGUCUGACAUAUGAGUCAGGAGAAUAAAGAGAUUAAUUCUUUCCACUGUGACGUCUUCUAAUCUGAGGCAGAGUGUUGGGCCCUCACUAGGUGGCGACAUCAGAAAUGAGAAUUACUUGUGCAUCCCAGUGGUGUAUUCUUCCCAGGGGAAAAAACACACCUGUUUUAUUGUCAAUCCCAUGUUUUUGCAACAUUUUAAUAUAAAUAAAUAAAUAUAAUAUUUUUGCAGUUUGGAUACAACACUGGCCACAAAAGUAUUCAGUGUAAUGUAUUCAUCAAAAUGUUAAGUUAUUUACUGGAUUUAAAAAUGUAGCUUUAUACACUGGCCGAACUUAAUCUGAAUCCAACUGAACAUCUUCAUCUGGAUGAAUAUUGCCUUGCCAUAUGUAAAAAAUUUACUGUAUAUGUCUUUAUUGUGAAGAAUUGGUUGCUAAUCUGCCUUUCUUACCAGUACGACCUUUCAGAGUCCGGAAACUUUUGGACCUGCAGAGCAAGAAGGUUGGUUUGAGCACCUUGUAAAACAUUCUCGAUAGUUAACAUCAUUUGAUGUUUCCAUGUUUAGCCUAAUUAUCCCCUGCGCCAUGAACUCGAUUGCAUAGUGAUGUGUAUCUUGUCUUUCUUUUAAGGGAUCAUACCCACCUCUUCUUGGUCUCCUGUCCAUAUACAAAAUAUUUUGCCCAGAAAUGGUUUCAUUCAGUAUGCCAAGUAGAUUUAAGGUAUGUGCAUAUGUGAUUAAGUGAAGAAAUUGCAAAAUGAAGACAUGGUGUCAGAGAAGGUAUUCAAAAGUAUGAAUGAGUCCACUGUCCCCAUGGGGAUAAUUUAAGAAUAUUUCUGUGGUUGGAGACAGAUGUUUGUAAGCUUUAAAGUGAACCUGCUGUCCAUCAGAUUGCUAACAUACGUAUGAAUUGUUUCUUUGGUAAGAAAUGUGGCCGAGCACCACGGCCCACUUGGGGCAUUUAAUUAUACAGUUCAGGUAGGCAGGGAGAUGGAAAUCACUCCUUAAACUGGAUUACAUUUGACAACCUCUUGAAAAAUGGGGCCUCUGACCAAACUUUAACAAAUGAUGCCCGCUAGUUCUGUAAUGCAGGAAGGAUUAUUAUUUUUAAUAUCUACUCCUGGUACACACAGGAUACACUGUGGGGAGAAGGGAUCUUCAACCUGUUCCAGCCCACCCUCAACUAGACACCAUGGCGGCCUUAUUCUUUCUUACACACAAAAUAUAGGAAAACAGACAGAAGGCUAAUAUUUAUAUAUCAAUGCAUAUCUGAUCACUUGUGAAUGCAUAUACGAUCUCCAAUUUGUGGUGACAUAACCACAGAGCUGCAAGCUUAAUCAACAUGGAGCUUUAGUAUCCAUAGCAUUGCAUGCUCUUUGAGCCUAAAUAUAAUGCAUUUUUUACUAUUUAAUAAUUUUUUAUAACCUUUUUAUUAUUUUAAGUUGCCGACAAAUGGCAAAAUGGAUGCAAAAAUGGCAAAGCUGUGACUAUAGGUUGGAAUAUGUUCAGAUUUGUUGUUAAUUUUGCUAUUCAGAUUUAUCCCCUUCCCAAAGAUAGGAAGGUUUGUUGCUGUCCUCCAGAGUGGGUUUUAAUGCCUUUAGGAUGGCGAGUAGGUUUGUAGUUUUGAUGCGAGUAGGGUUAAAUCCCAGCUCACAAGAGGGAGCCCAGGCUUCAACUGAUGUCAGCUUGGGCCUUUAUUUUUUAGUGGCCUCAGACCAAUGAGCAGCCUGAAUCUUAUUUCCUUUAACUUAAUAUUGUGUUUUGGUUACAGAGCGAGGCCUAUCAUUUUAAUAUUCUUGCUUGGCCAUUUUAGGAAAAGCAUGUAGUUCUUGGUGAAUAUUUUUGGUUAUUUUAUUUUUCUUGUUUCAUACACAAAAUAGAGUAAUAUUGGAGAUACACUAGCAUGGCUAUUCACUAAAGUGAGAAUGCAAAGUGUAUUUCAAAUGUAUGGCAACAAUAACUGAACCGAGUUACCAAAUAAUUCCAAUUUAGCUGUUUUUAAGGUUUAUUUUGACAUCUGACUUCAGUAAAGAUAACUGUAGAUAUUCUGUUUAGGUAACUAAUGUUGUAAUUUGUGGUGCUCUAAGGAUUUUUUUUUUUUUUGAAUGCUGUUUUACCUCUACAGAAUUAUUUCAAGGGCAAUCAUUACCUAUGGACUUCAGAACUGAGGGCAGUGAUCAAGAGGAAUGCAGGAGAUCCCACUGUGGAUAACAAACUGAAUCUAGGUGACAGGCGCCCAACAACAAAUUUACGGAAAAGGGUGAUUAUUGUAUUUCUACGUUAACACUGCACAGCAAAUUGUGUUCCCGUUGGUUAUUGUUUUGGCAGGACUUCCUAUAAUUUAUUUUCCAUUCUAUCCGUGAAUGGAAUCUGAUUAUUUUAUGACUGACAGUCUUCUUUUUCAUGUGUUCUAAAACACAAAACAGUGUUUUUGCUGAAGUGUGUAAAGUUGAUGUGGGGUUCAAAUUUUAAUCCAAUAUAACAAAAAUCUAAAUAAAUAAAUAUAUAUAUAUAUAUAUAUAUAUAUAUAUAUAUAUAUAUAUAUAUAUAUAUAUAUAUAUAUAUAUAUAUAUAUAUAUAUAUAUAUAUAAUGUGUAUAUCCGAUAUGACUAUAUUGGCCUAAAAUUCAUUUUGAGCUCCCAACAAUUCACAUGUUUAUAGAUUAACCUUAAAUGUGUCUUUACAUUUAGAAGAAAAAAAAUAAGUGAGGAGAUGCCAUGUAGGUUGCUUUCAUCAUCUUUCAAUCUGCUUUAAAAUAUAGAUUGAAAAGUUAACAUCAGAAAAAUUAAACAAUGGUAGGUGGAUCGCCUUAAGUGUCCUUCGAGUAUUAUGUAACUACAAAAAGAGAAAAAACUAAAACUAAUAGGGUAGUAGUUAUUUGGAUAGUGGGAAAAUAAAGAAUUAAAUGUUCACUUACAUUUUUUGGGAGCUUAUCAGAAAAAUAUAUAGUAACUUGGCUAAUAUGGACUUUUGGUCUAAAAACGCUAGUCAUUGGUUGAAGUCUCCACUUUUUGCAUCUUGAUGUCUUGGGCAUUGGCAGAUUUGUGCAGAGAUGUACAUCUUCUCCAAACAUAAGUUAGAUGUAUCCGAUUUCAAAGUCUCCAGUUUUUGGUAGACCGGUUCUUUACACUCAGUGAGAAAACUGUGAAUAGUCAGGAAUUUUAGGUUGGAAACUUCGCAUGAAUCCACUACGGAUACAGCUCCACUAUUUUAGUCUUAAAUGUGCAAUUUCUUAAGUUAAUUUAGCGCAGUUGUUUGUCAAGCAGUGUAAAUGCCUCAAGCCACCUUUAAAGUGUGCCUUGAUCGCGUUGACUUCAUCUAUUUGUAUUUCCUUGAUAAGUUGCUACUUUUAAUGUUUAUUGGGGUAUAGAUUGGUAACAGACAGGCCUUUUAAUGACCCUGAUGUACAGAUCUCUAAACUGCCUUGGUAACAUUAUAUAGAACAGGGUAUGUAAAACUAUCAAUGAUAUUCAAUCAAGUGUGAAUUGUUUGGAAUUUAAAGUGAAUUUAAAUUUUUAAGCCAAAAGAGCCAAAGUGCAAACAUUUGUCAAACAUUUGGAAGAGGAUAAGCUAUAAAAUCAUGUUAUAUUAAGGCAAUCUGCAGAACAAAGCCUUAAGUUUAGGUGUAGUAAAAACAUGUAUAAUUUUCUUGUGGUGGAGGUGGCUUGUUUGCAUUGAUGUUGCAUUAUGCAUAACACUGGUUCUACAGACAAAAUAAAAGCAUACAUUGGGUAAUAGUAUACAAUAGUGUGUGAAAAUGUGUGGUGUUAAACGCACUCACGAGCAAUAGAAAAAAAAAAAAUAGCAUAUCACCCACUCCAGGGUUCAAUCCUCAGGAAACUCCAGAACUCCAUAAAAUAUUAUUGAAUUUAAAAAGAAAGUACAACUAUAGUGCAGAACGUGAAGUUGAACAAAAUGUUACACUUGCACAAUAACGAAGAUAUAGAUCUCCACACAAAAGCUUACACUUUAAUGGCCAUUGGAGUGAUACUUUAAAAAAAAAAAAAAACUCCAGUUAUUUAAAUGUGCAUAGGAAUUUCGGAUAGAAUGUGCGGCAUUUGUUAACAGAACCACACUGUCUGGCUGAUACCUGGGACUGCUGCACUAGAGACAGAUAAUCCAGGAUCAUACCACUUGUGUGGAGAUAGGCUUUUAUAGCUUCUUCAUUUUGGAAUGGGAGUAUUGGUAUUUUGGUAUUAGGACCAUCCGUAUUACACUACUGUAUGUCUAUUGUCCGGUGUAUAAUCCAGUUGUUAAUGCUAUUCAUGUUAUGCUUACAUUUGGAUCAUUGAUAGGUAUGGUGAUUACCUGUUUGGUAAAUUUUGCUAAUAUGAUAUACUAUUUGAGAAUGUAUUCUGGUUUUGAGUAAACUUAUGGUGUAAUUGUUGUUUUGGAUUUUCUAAUAAAGAUCAUUUUGGUUUUUAUGUAGUGUGCUCCUGUAUUGUAUAACCUUGUACUUUUUCUGUUUAUUAUGACUAUAAUGAGAUAAUUAGCCAGUGAAGUUCUAGCUUUGUUUCAUACUGGCAGUUUUGGUGAUUAUAAACAUUUUUUGUACCUCCCUCAGAAAUGGAACCGUGAUCUCUCGCCUUCAGUAUGUAGCAAUAUGUGGAAGUCAGUUCCCGGCACAAUUGACCAUGUUAUGUCCUCUAAUGAGACUUUUCCAUUAGAGAAACUGCAAACCUUUCCACAGCUACUAGAAAACAUCCACCGGCUUGAGGUAAUCCUAAAUUUUUUGCUGCUUGCCUUUUUUCUUAUUUUUGGUAAUGAUAUUGCUAUUUGAGUAUUAAGUCUUUAAGCAACAGUUGGCAUGUAAGAUUUUUUUUUUUUUUAACAUUUUUAUUUCCAGCUCCCUGCUCGAAUGGGUUCAGUGUUAAAAAGUCCCCUCUUGCUUCACUAUGUCAACUGCAUCAAAGAUGACACGCCAUUCUUACGAUUAAACUACUGGCUGGCAUUCACAUUGCAUGAAGGUACAGAAGUGAGGAAGUAUUGAUGAUCUGUUUGGUCUGGAAAUCACAUAAUCAAUAGUUAAUUUCUGCAGUAAAAAAAAACUUUCUUUCCAUGACGUCGUUGAUAAAGACACCUGUGAUAAAGAGAGUCCUUCUCUUUAAGUAGGUUAUAUGCAUUCAAAGCUGUGGUACCCUUACCCUCUGUCAGUGUGACUUCAUGCUUACAAGUAAGUAGUAGCUGGUGUUUUGUUUUUUGAAGAUCCCAGGCCACAUAUUUAAAAUAGUGAGCUUAAUGGGGCUUGGAUUUGAAUACUGCAUGUAUUCAAGACUAAGUACAGUUGAAAGUGUACAUACCAGGGACAUACCGUUACAACUUUUGCUGUUCUUUAAAAUGAAGCACUGGCUGCAUACUGCACAGACUUGAGGCCUGCUAUGCUGUAAAAUGUUAAUUUGUUUGCAAGUAUACAUUCAAAAAUAAACUUUCAAUGCAUUUCUACAAUAGUCCACUGUAUUUAGUUUGUAAGUAUAUGGUAGCAUCAUAGGGUUUGCCUUGUUUCUCUAAGUCCUUAUACAUUUUGGGUGUUUUUCUGUUUGUUUUUUUGCAUUAAUUAAUGAAUCCCCAUGUGUUCAUUUAGCUGAAAUGAAUAGAACUAUAUUUGUGCUGUCUAAUGUGAGAAUCAGUCCCACAUAAGAGAAGAAUGCCCUUGUUACAUUGUAUGCUCUUUGUCCAUAGAAUGUGCCUGGUACACAGGGAAGCCCCAUAAUAAGGAAGAUGUGGAAGAUUUUCUAGACACCGUUAUUGACACUCAGCAAUUUCUGCAGGUGAGUGUUUUCUUAUUCCAACUUUGAGGCUAUGAUGUUUCAGAUGGGAUGAACAAGGGUAACCUUCUAAUGUCAAUUUGGUGGUUGGUUGGCCAGGGUGCUAUGGAAUUUGCUUUCACUUGCUGUAUAUAAUGCAGACUUGUACACUUCCUUAUAAAUCUCUUCCACAUUGGAAUGGUUGCCACCGUGCUCAUAUCCUUAAACUCAUCAGCUGGAUUCCAGUUAACUCAUCCGCAGGUAUACAGAAUGGGAAAUAUUCCUACUUUUGUCUCUGUUUGCCUAAUAUCAUUACAUUGUGCAGCUAAUACAUUAAAGUGCAACAAAUAAAAUCUUCCAAUACUAGGCUUGCCUCUCCCCUCCCCCUUGGUAUGAGCACUAUACAUCUUCAGUGAGCCCUUCCAAGCAGAGAUUUUAUUUUUAUUUUGUUUUUUAUAAACAAAGAAACAUAGAAUGUGAUGGCAGAUAAGAACCAUUCAGCCCAUUCUAGUCUGCCCAAUUUUCUAAAUACUUUCAUUAGUCCCUGGCCUUCUCUUAUAGCUAGGAACGCCUUAUGCCUAUCCCACGCAUGCUUAAACUCCCUUUACUGUGUUAACCUCUACCACUUCAGCUAGAAGGCUGUUCCAUGCAGUAAGUAAUACUUCCUGAUAUUAUUUUUAUACAUUUGCCCCUAUAAUUUAAGAUUAUAUCCUCUUGUUGUGGUAGUUUUUCUUCUUUUAACCCCUUCAGGACCGAGGAUGGUUCAGGACCGUCAUCUGCAUUUUUGCAUUGCCGACCGGUGACGGUCCUGAACCAUCCUAACGGUGCAAUGUACUUACCCGAUCGCCAUCGUUCCCUCGGCGGCGAUCGGCGUUGCUCCCGGUGUGGGGAGACUGCCUGCAGCCCAGACAGUCUCCCCAUGGCGGAUUAGGACCCCUGGGGCCAUGUGAUCGCUCAACCGAGUGAUCACAUGGUCACAAUAGGUGUCCAUGUGUCUGCCUGCAGGUUGACUGUCUGUGCUGACAGGCAGUCUCCCUGCUAGUGUAAAAUCAUAAAAAUAAAUAAACGCUAAUGUUAAUAAUAAAAAAUGUGUGUGUGUGUGUGUGUGUGUGUGUAUAUAUAUAUAUAUAUAUAUAUAUAUAUAUAUAUAUAUAUAUAUAUAUAUAUAUAUAUAUAUAUAUAUAUAUAUAUCAAUAUAAAAAUACUUAUAAUUAAAUUAUACGUGUGUUUGUAUAUAUAUUGUAUAUAAAUUAUUAUAAAAUACAAAUAAGUAAUUUAAAUUAAAUAAAAACAUGUAAAAAUAAUCAAAAAUUUACAAAAUAUAUAUCUAUAUGAAAUUGUAUUCUAAGUGUAUUUUGAUAGUAAAAUAUAUAUAUAUAUAUAUAUAUAUAUAUAUAUAUAUAUAACUAUCAAAAUACACUUAGAAUGAAAUUGUGUGUAUAUAUCUAUGCAUAUAUAAAUAAAAAUAAUACGAAAUAUACAUAUGUCCAUAUACAAAAUUACAUAAAUAAUUAUAUAAAUAUACACGUAGACUUCAAAUAUAUAAAUAUGCAUAUAUAUUUAAAUUCUACGUGCGUAUUUAUGUAAUAUUUUUACAUAAUUAAGUAAUUUUAUUGAUUGCAAUUUGAGGGACCAGCCUGCCAACCCAGGCCGAAAUUCCAGAGAAUUUAAUUUGCUAGCACUGUAUUUUACCCUGUGAUUUUCUAUGACACCCUAAAACCUGUACAUGGGGGGUACUGUUUCACUCGGCAGACUUCGCUGAACACAAAUAUUAGUGAUUCAAAACAGUAAAACAUAUCACAGCGAUGAUAUUGUCAGUGAAAGUGACUUUUAUUUUAAUUUUUACACACAAACAGCACUUUUACUGAUGAUAUAAUUGUUGUGAUACGUUUUCCUGUUUUGAAACACUAAUAUAUGUGUUCAGCAAAGUCUCCCGAGUAUAACCGUAUCCCCCAUGCACAGGUUUUAUAGCGUUUUUGAAGGGUCAAAUAUAUGGGUCAAAUAUUUUUACAUUGAAAAAGGCCAGGUUGGUUACGUUGCCUUUGAGAGUGUAUGGUAGCCCAAGAAUGUGAAUUACCCCCAUGAUGGCAUACCAUUUGCAAAAGAAGACAACCCAAAGUAUUGCAAAUGGGGUAUGUCCAGUCUUUUUUAGUAGCCACUUAGUCACAAACACUGGCCAAAAUUAGCGUUCAAUUUAGCUUUUUACUUUUUUUACACACAAACAAAUAUGAACGCUAACUUUGGCCAGUGUUUUUGACUAAGUGGCUACUAAAAAAGACUGGACAUACCCCAUAUUGAAUACCCAGGGUUGUCUACCUUAAAAAAAAUAUGUAGGGGGGGGCAGAGCCUGACUGCUGAACAGAUCAGACAUGUCUCGUCUGAGCUCCAGGAUCUGGGCCAGAGAAUCGGAGCCAACUCAGUGCCACAAGCCGCUACUAACCCCAAUUGGACCCCAAACUGUCCACAAGAUGGGGACACACAAGAUGGUACCACACACAAUAUGGUACAGCACCGGAGUAACCCGACCAAGGCCUGGGGCCUACGAGAGCUUGAGCCGGGGAGGGACGGCCGCCCCCCCGGGUCUCCGAUCGGCGUCCUGCGAUUCCCCCCCCCCUUUGGACCGGUGGGGGUUAUCCCGGUCCCCACGGGCGACCACCAAUGUCGUCUGCCGAGCCCAAGCGCAGACAGGGCCGCAGAGCACAAGCUGGACGGAGCGCUCCAAAAUGGCGGACAGCGUGCAACCUCAUGGGCAAACGAAGAAUGUCCCACCAAGUCCUGCAGGGACCAUGAAGUGGAAGUACUGGCUGGCAGCCCGCAAACCUACAACCUACCCUAAGCUACAAGAAACACCGACAAGCAGCUGUAUGUCGGAAGACAAAGAGCGGGAAUCGAGGGAAUUCUCCCCGGACGCCAGUGGUACACACACCAUGCAACCUUAUCGCACAAGCACUCACAGACUGCGGCCGCCCAGAAGCUUCAACCUCGAACGUCUGCUCCAGUCGCAGCGGACCCGAAAGCACAGGAGGAAGCGCCAUACUGGGUUCCAUGCCAGCCCCUAUGCGGCCUUCAAAGAAAGCACUCAAACCACGAGCCGCAGAAGCAGACCCCCAGGAGCGCCCACGGCUACGAGAGAAGCCUGCUGGGACUUUUCUACCGGGUCCCCAGAGACACUAUAUGCCCAACACAAAGGCUAGACGCUUUUUCUGGACUCUAUGUUGGUCACUCAGACGCUGCUCCAGUGUUACACAUACUGAAACAAAACGGUACCAACAGACGCACAGACACCAGGACUGACACAGCAACAAACCAGCACAAAACAGGCAGAGACACACAUACGCACAAACCAAGACACUACUCAAGACAGACACACACUACCGCAGGCACCUACAAUACACACAAGCCCUGACAAACUCAUCUGAUACUAACCAAGAAGACCCCAGACCUGUCUGGAAAAGUGAAGGCAGACUAACACCACACAAUCCAUGAUGGCGCCCGAGGUAGACCAAGCUAGAGUUAAACCACUUUGCCCAAACGAUACGCUAGAAACCGUACAACCAUUUGCUUAGAACCUGUACACGUGUAACUAUUAACCAGGCAAAUCUCAGUGAAACUUAAUGUAAUCUCAACUAUAUCUGUAUUCAUGCUCCAGAUGUCAAAUCUGUCAAUACUGGCGAUGAUUAUAAAGGGAGCACCACUUGCUUAAGCUUAAUACUCUACUAUUACCAUUAUAAAAAUUGUGCAGACAUUAAUGUGCCAUAUGUGAAAUACAUGUUGUAAUUGUGUACGUGACUGCUAUUGUGGCACCACGGCUCAUUUGUGAAAUCUUGCACACAAAAAUAAAGAAUUAAAAAAAAAAAAAAAAAUUUACAUGUGGGGUGUUAUUCAGAGAUUUAUGACAGAUAAGUGUUACAAUGUCACUAUUGAUAAAUUUUAAAAAUGUAUGUUUUGAAACCGCAAUAUCCUACUUGUACCUAUAGCCCUAUAACUUGCAAAAAAAAGCAUGUAAACACUGGGUAUUUUUAAACUCAGGACAAAAUUUUGAAUCUAUUUAGCAGUUUUUUUUCAUUCGCUUUUGUAGAUGAGUAAAAGAUUUUUUAAGUAAAAGUCAAAAAACAUGUAUUUUUUAAAAUUUUUCAUCCUAUUUUUUUUAAAUUAAAUUACAUGAGAUUAUAUAAAUAAUGGUAUGUAAAGAAAGCCCGUUUUUGUCCUGAAAAAAACAAUAUAUAAUUUGUAUGGGAACAGUAAAUGAGAGAGCGGAAAAUUACAGCUAAACACCACAAAAGUGUAAAAAGAGACCUGGUCGCAAAUGUACAACAUCGAAAAAACAGUCCAGUCAUUAAGGGGUUAAAUAUAGUCUCCUCUUUUACUGUGUUGAUUCCCUUUAUGUAUUUAAAUAUUUCUAUCAUAUCCCCCCCGUCUCAUCUUUCCUCCAAGCUGUACAUGUUAAGAUCCUAUAACCUUUCCUUGUAAGUUUUAUCAUGUAAUCCAUGAACUAGUUUUGUAGCCCUUCUCUGAACUCUCUCUAAAGUAUCAAUAUCCUUCUGGAGAUACGGUAUCCAAGUGAGGUCUCACCAGUGCUCUGUACAAUGGUAUGAGCACUUCCCUCUUUCUACUACUAAUACCUCUCCCUAUACAACCAAGCAUUCUGCUAGCAUUUCCUGCUGCUCUAUAACAUUUACAUUACAUUAUUUUGAAAACAAAACUGCCUAUUUCAUGCUUAAAGACGACGAAGCCCAAUAUGUAAACAUGCGGGAGGAAAUUCAAACAUUAGAAAUAUAGGUUCUAUCUGCUCUCUGUAAGCCUUACAUUCUUUGUUUCAUAUAAAGCUAUGAAAAGGAUAGCAUUGUUUCCUCUAACAUAACAUAGUAUAGUUUGGAUAAAAUAGACACAAAUUUUUAGUUAUUUUGUCACAGCCUGUUUAAGCAUAGGUAGACACUUUGUUACUUUGGCACAGCAGUGAGUUAACUUAUACAACUUUUUAACGUUUGUUUUUAAAUUAAUUUAUUUUCAGAGUCAGAAGCAUUGCUUUAUGAACCACUAGCUUUGCUAUUUGCUACAUCCUCCUUGUAUUUCCAAGUAAGUCUGUUUGUUAACUGGUUUGCAUUGCUACUCUGUGUGGGUAAUAGUUUAAGAUUUAUAUUUCAGUUACUAUGUGCAGAUUUCUACGUUUACGCUAAUUAUAAGAAUCGAAUCCAAUCCGGUUAGUUUCAAUCAUAAAACUCACAUUAAAUCUUAAAUAAAGCAUAAUAUGGCCCCAAUACCAGUGGUACUUUGGGCUAAAUGUAAUUUGACAUUUUCAGUCUGCAGCAUAUUGUUCUCGAGACAAUAGACUGGUGAUGUUUGGUCUGAAAAGUCAUCUUGGCAAACAUUUCAGAUUUGACUGUCGAAGAUGUGUAGGCACGCCAGCCUUUUAUAUUAUAUCCUGUUAAUAGAGUAUAAGAGAAAUUACUCCAUCAGCAUAACUCAGUGGAUUAAGCUUUUCACGCAUUCAAACCAUGAAUACUGGUUUUCAAACAUACACAUCCAUUCAGAUAAUGCCAUUUCUUACUUCACAAAUUUAUGUUUGUAAAACAAAACAUACCGGUGGUACUUUUACCAAAACUGUGACUUAGGUGCACCUUCACUCUUGUAGGUUUUGCUAACGUUAAUGAUGUAGGGAUCCAUGGGCAAACUAAGCAGUUCUCUAUAGAGAAAAGCAGAUUGUUUCCCUGUUCCAAUACUUUAUUUGUUGGCUUACUAUUUAGUCUAAUGACAAUAAGGGAUACCAGAAAGUGUAAAUAAUCUAUGUAUCUCAACAUAUCUCUGUAUCUUCCACACCCCUUUUAUCUCACACCCUAUGCUCUUAUCUCUCUUUCUAUUCCCUCCCCCUUAUCUCUCUCCCUCCCCCAUUAUCUUUCUCUCUCUUCUUCUCAAUUCUCCUUAUUUCUCUCUCUCCCCCCCCCAUGUUUUCAUUUUUCUCUCUCUCCCCCUCUGAAAAACAAACAAGAUUUUAUGUCCACAAAAUUGUUUUGUGGUAGAACCAUUAAUCUGGUAUUGCAAUCUUGUAAUGUGCCUAAUUUUGUAUUUGUGGAAUUAAAAUUGUUUUAUCUGCAGUGUGGCAUACUUGAAAGUUUGAAGGGGUUGUUGCAAAAUUGGCUCAUCUGGCAUUCAGUUUAUGCAGAAAAAAUAAAUACAGAUGACACAAACAAGUAAGUAAUUAUUGCAAUAUUUGUGUCUUACUCCUCCUCUAACAAAAAUUACAAUUUUUGGUGGUAGGUGGAUAAUGGUUGGGGGUGGGGAGCAAUAGGUUCAUCUGAAUCCCCUCUUAAUCCGAGUGCAAUGACUUUCACACCAUAUUCCUUCAGAGCAAAGGUGGAGCUAAGUGAGUAACAGGUUUCAUUCACACACUAGUUUUAGUUUGUUUUAUAUUUUAAAUAAAUGUGGGAAUUUAGUGAACCUUCUUUCAAUUAGAGGGGACCUGCUCCCUCCCUCUCCCCUUCCCCUGCCUUACUUACCACGUACUCCUUCUUUCCGUUGGAUGCCUAGUAACAGUGCAAUCCCUUGACCAGACCGUCUUGUGUGAAUAGUAUCCUUAGUUACCCAGUCCUCAUAAUAACUUACAUUUACUAAUCUGCCCAUGCCAUUAAACACAUGUGUCCUCCAUAACCUACCUUUAUUUAUUUUUUAUACAUUUCAUCUUUUAAUUUACUGACUUCUAUGCACAAAAAUAUGUUGUCAUCAUUAUCUAUGCUGGAUUUAAAAGGUAAAAAUAAACAUUACAUUGCAAGGUUAUUGAAAAGACAAGGAGAACAUCUUGCCUGACCUUCCUGUAAUAGUUCAGAGGUUGAUUUUUACAUAGAGCACGGGUUCCCAACCAAGUCCUCCAGCAUCCCCUACCAGUCCAGGAUUUAUGGAUUAUUCUGUUGUCUGACGUGUUUUAUUUUCACUGAAAGCACAUGAGACCCAGCUAAGUGAUCGCUAAAUCCUGGACUGGUAGUGGGUACUUGAGGACUGGGUUGGUAACCACUGACAUAGAGUAAUCUAUUUUUAUAUAUUUUUUUCUUCAAAAUUGACCCAAACUGUCUCUGAAAUUGAAGCUUUUGCUUCAUAAUUUAGUGAAUAACCCUUGCUGUGCAGGGUAAUCUGUGUAGACCUAUGAAAUAAACUAGGAAUGUGUUUUCUGUAAUAAACCCCAUUUUGUAGUUUAGCUCUAUGGAUGGUGAUGAGCAGUUUGUGGAGAAUAAGAUCUUGCAACAAAAAGCCCUCGUUGUGUAACCUCUUCUGUGUUCUUUCUCUCCAGAAACACCACCAUGUCUGGCUUUCUGACCUCCGUCGAAGAACUGAUACAGUUUACUGGACGUUUGGCCACUCUGGCCCUACAAAUGCAGAACAGCUCGCUCCUUCUACAUUUUAUUCUGGACUUCUAUGAGAUAGUAAGACUUUCUCUAGGAUAUUAAUGGCAAAAUCAUAAUUAAAUUCCUGAUUUGGGACUGCUUAUUGGGUUAAGAUAUUCAAGGUGCUUCAUUAUCACUUCUUAAGGAAGAAGUCCUAUAAAUCUGGUAGCCUGCCCCCACCCCCUUUUUAAUCCUGCCACAUGUGUGACAUUAACUUGGCAAUCCAUUCCUUAACUGAAACAUUAGCUCAGUGACCCAUUCUUCCAUCAAAACAUUCUAUAUAACAAAAUAAAUUCAGAGACAUUACAGAGAACAAAUACAAAUAUAAUGUGUCUCUGUUGUCUUUUGUGAAUACACUCAAUUGCUGUAGCACAGGGACCUAGUUUUGGUUUCCAACGCAGGGUUUAAGAACUACUGCUAUAACAUUUUAUUAGAAGCUCGAAUUAAUACUUCAGCUGGUUCUCAAUGCACAGUGUUACCUUCCACACAGUGCAAAGAGAAAAAGGCUACUGCAGUAUGCGUUCCAAAGAAUGAUGUCCAGCAUGACUUUCAGUGUAGCUGUAAGUUACAUUAACUGACAUUAUUUCAAGUUGCCAUUGUAAUGACAAAGCAAAAUCAAACAGUAAAAUGUGUAUUGACCAAACGCCAUAUAUAUCAAUACUCAAAUAGCUAAGAAUUUACACUACAGGUCUAAUAAACUCACACUGGUAGCUUGCAGACUGUGAAGUGCUUGUAUGCCUGAACAAUCGUACUCUGAACUGUCAAGCAGUUUAUUGAAAGUACAGUUUGUAGUGCAGUAUUUGUAGUACGGAUUGGAAAAAAAUAGUUUAGUUUCCAGGUAUUUAUAACCUGUUUUAUUGAAGAUCUAUUGUCUCCCACAUACAGGUCUGUGAUAUGUACGUGCGUUUUGAAUUGCCGCUCGUUGUCCUUCCACCACCAGGGGUGUUCUACCCUGCUUUGCUGAGUACUGAUUCUGUGAACCUUGACCAGCUUUGUUACAUCAUGUACAGGUAUAGCGGAUAUUAUAUCAUUGGAAAUUAUUAACAAAAUCAACAUAUCUACUAUUGACAUUAAAUAUAUUCGGUAGACAAUUCAUGCUGUUUUUGCUGUUCAGUACUAGUUUCAAUACAAAUGUGUGCUAAUUGACUUUGAAUUUAUUUUGGCUUUCACAGAUACAGGAACAACUUGGUGACUGUAAAAGAUAAUGAGCUCAAUAAAAGGGUAAGUGAUUUCAGGUUUUGUAAAUCAGUUUCUUUUAUAUCCUGUACACUGGACAGAGCUAAAACAAAAUUUUCCCUUGCAUACCCACAUUUCAGGAUAAGAUCUAUCUGAAUAUCAGCAGUCGUACAUUCCAGGAAUAUAACCAGUAUUUAACAGCAAUGGUAGGCUGCCUUUGGACAUCCCAAGCCUUUCGCCAAGAUACACAUCCUCAAGGUAUCCGGCUAGAACCCGAUUUGCUUUACCAUACUGGUGUUCAGUCCUUCAAGAAAUCCUUCAACAUAGUCUUCCACCCAGCACUCAUUGGCUACUCUUCCAGCUUCCUGUGCCAGGUAAGGAUUAUUGUCGGUAACAGAACAUAGGAUGCUAGGAUUGUUUAGUCUCUGUGUCAUAUUUUUGUCUUUAAGCAAUUCCUAAUUAGUUAUAUAUAGUUUGUGUUUUUAAAUUGUGUGAUAGAGGAGCCAACUUUGAUAGUUGGAUUUCACAUGGUGUGCCUAGAACCCUAUUCCUCAGAAUUAAUAUUCAAUUAAGAUGUGUGCCAGAAAUAGAUUAUAUGGUGUUUCAUUAAUUUGUAUGUGUUACUGAACACAAGCUCAUCAAUUAAUACUCAUGUGUAGGUACUAAACCAUGAGAUCAGAGUUAAAUUCUUUAGAACCAAUGUAUAGUCAGCAGACCAUCUUGCAGUGAUAAUGUUCUGAUGAUGAUAUACGGACAGAUAAACUUGGAGACAGAAUAUUGUUUUGGGUGUUGUUGUUGUUUUUUUAAUAUAAUUCAUGGCUCCUCUUUGGCCGUAUGUAUCGCCUCUGAGGGCUAUAUUCAUAUGCUUUUUCAGCAAUUCCACUUACCCAGUGCAAUGAUUGGAAAUGCUGCCAUUGGCUGAAAUAAAUUUUAAAUAAAUAUAUACGCACAUGGUAUUUGCAGGAGCAACAUACACUGAGAGGUUUAACCAAGAAUGAGAGCAUCCUGAUUGAUUUAGCAUCUUCAUGGUCUCAGCAUUACUGUUUUUUCAGGAGCCGCAGAAACCUUAGAGGUACACUUUAAUCACCCAGACCACUUUACCUCAAUGAAAUCGUCUGGGUGCAGUGGUCCUGUCCUUUUAAACCCUACAAUGUAAAACAUUGCAGGUUUUUAGAAACUGCAAUGUUAAUAUUGCAGGGUUAAAUCCAUCUAUAUGGUUGCCAUACUGCUGUUUCUGCUGCACUGACAGAAUAAAACUCACGUUUUGUGGAAGCUCAUAGGAAAGCAUUGAAUGCAAAGCUAUGGUGAAGCUUGAGUGCGUCCACCAUGCUCCUCUAUAAGGAACUUUAGAUUGGACCAUUGAGGAAGGAGGGCAUACCUCCUCGAUGACGUUGCCGGAGGUGGAGAGGUGAGCAGUGUCGAAGUGGAGUCUCUGCGCUGGAAAAAGUAAACCGGGGUUCCAGAUACAACCAAGGACAUGGGCACUAUAGCAUUUAGCACAUUGUCUGUAUAACAAAUGUAAAAGUGAGGUGUUUCCUGCCUAGAAUGUUCUUUUUUAAAUUAUAGGCUGUAAUAACCACACAUUUUUGUAAUUCGCAGACCUGUAGAAUAAUGCAAUUUUCUCUUUUUGGUUUUACAGAGCUAUCCAGAACACAGAAUGUUUCAACUCGGUCUCAUAAAGGUAACUACUCCCACAUGUUGUGUGUUAACAGUUUGCAUGGUUAAUAUAUUUAAAGGUAACUUAUAUCUGAAAAUCAUCCUGAAAAGAUAAUAGUAUUUUCAUAUUACAGGUUCUCUUCUAGCAGUGUAAUCACUGGCCAUCCCCCUUUGGUUUGUAAAAUUAAAAUAUAACAAAUAUUAUGACAAUUCAGAAGGCAAUAAAAAUCCACUUUUUAAAUGAGGAAAAGCAAUCAACAUUGCAGCACCAGGUGUACCAAGUUAAUAUAUAAAAAAGAAAAUUGGGGGAAAUAUAGCUCAGGGGAGAACCAGUUUGAAUGCAGUUACCAGUAUGGCACAAUAUGAUACUGGGUAUGAAAAUAAUAAUGGGGUGUCAUGAACUUUUUAAUCUUAUUGUUUGUGUUUCUCUGCAGGGUCACAAUUGGAAUAAAUAUUUGGAUUUUCUAUACAGCGAAGGAAUGAAUGGCCUUAAACUUUUUAUUGAGAGUAGUGUGAACCGUGUGUCCAGUAACACCAAGCAACAGGAACCUAAUGAUUCACCAUCUGAGACUUGACAACUUCCAAUCCUGUAAAUAAAUGUUCCAUACAUUUCACAACCGGAAUAUGGAGUUACCCUCACAGUGACAUUACUUCGCACACUGCAUUAAACAUCGAAGACGGCAAUCAUGUUUGUCAAGGAAGCUUCGGUUACUCAUAUAAGUUCCAUCACUGCUUCAGCUUAUAUAGAUACAAUUAGAACCCAUUUACUGAUUAGUUCGAAAGAUACUUGAAAAACUCUCAUAUUAGCCUGGGUUUGACACUCUAGUUGUUAUGACCAACAUCUCCACUGAUGUGUUGCCUACUCUGGUACAAGCCUUUUACGAUUGAAAGUUCAUACCUGGUGAGUGUGCCAUGGACCCUGCAUGCUAGUGGAGAGUAACAUUUAGGUCUGUGUAGUACUUGAAAUGUUGAACCCUGUUCUAAUGUGCCCAUAUUAAUUUAUAGUGCAAGGAUAUUAAAGGUAUAAUGGCUUAUACCAUAUGUAUGUUAAGUGGGUUCUGCCUGUGUAACUUUAUUGUUGACUGCUGUCCACCAACACAAAACCUGCAUACACACACUGUUUUAUAUGAUAUAUUUGGGUUUAAAGGGAAACUCCAGUGUCAUGAAAACAAUCCGUUUUCCUGGCACUGCAGCUACCCUCUCCAUCCCACCUCCCAUCCCAGGUAGCUGAAGGGGUGAAAACCCCUUCAGGUCACUUACCUUAGACCCUGCCGAUGUCCCUUGGCGGUGGUUUCGGGUCGGCGUUGCUCCUCCCAGUAAUUCCGUCAGCCGGUGGGCGAGACUGAUCCCACCCGCCGGCUGAGGAAACCUAAUGCCCAUGUGCGACAAUGACGCGCAUGCGCAUUAGGUCUCCCCAUAGGAAAGCAUUGAAGAAGAUUUUCAAUGCUUUCCUAUGGGGAAUUGAGCGACGCUGGGGUCCUCACACAGCGUGAGGACGUCCAGCGACGCUCUAGCAAAGAAAAUCUUUGCUAUGAAUCAGGAAGUGCCCUCUAGUGGCUGUCUAGCAGACAGCCACUAGAGGUAGAGUUAAUCCUGCAAUGUAAUUAUUGCAGUUUAUAAAAAACUGCAAUAAUUCCAGUUGCAGGGUUAAGAGUAGUGGGAGUUGGCACCCAGACCACUCCAAUGGGCAGAAGUGGUCUGGGUGCCUGGAGUGUCCCUUUAAAAGGGAGAUAAUCCCUGAAUUUACAUACCAUAUCUUGAAAAAAGGAAAAACCACAAUAUAUAGACAGAAACUCUUAGAAUUGUUAUGCAAAACAAUACAAAUCUGCAAUAAGCAGAUAAGCAUAACACUUAGAUUGUUUCUUUCCAGUCAUUGCUGUAUAGUAUUUUAAUUUCAUUUGAUGUAACCUUCGUUAAAGCAGUAAGUGCUGAAGAAGGCCUCAUGUGGUGUAUGUUGCCCAGAUGGAAUGCUACGCUGUAAAGGAAUAGAAAUUGCUCCCCUGUUAACUCCAUUGACCAGGACAGUAAGAACACAAAAAGUUUGUGAAAAUAUGUAUAUUUGUAUAUCUAAACUUUUUUUUUUUUUUAUAAUAUAUAUAUAUGUAUAUUGCACAAAGGAUAAGAAUAAAGUAAAAAAAAA